GCAUUACCGCAGCUCUGUGUCUCAAGCCUCUCUCAUCUCUCGUCACUUCCUGAUUUCUCGCCCAGUGGUGCAUGGGAGUUGUAGUUCCUCCGGAAAUCCGGAGCGGGUGACAGGAAGGGAAGGGAGAGCAGCAGGGAGAGAGCUCAGCCAUGGUGGGUAUAUAAUGUAUCUGUAUAGAGACUGGCAGACACCUAGUGAUGAAUAGUGCAUGGAGUCAGGCUCUGGGUACACACAUCGCCUUAUUUACUAAAUGGAGAGUUAUUCACAUGGGGAGAUACUGCUAAAUAAAUAGGGAGAGAAUCCCACCCACCCAGCUACCACCCCUACCCUCCCAGCCCUAUAUAAUACACACAGACUGACCCUCACACUGGCUCCAGUUAUAUGUACACAUAAUAAUUCAGGUUUUACAUGAUGGGCCAUUAAAAUACAUCUAUUAAUACUUGCAUAUACAUUGAGUGUUUAUGUAUAAUGGUAAAGCUUGUAUUAUACUUAAAAUUUAAAAAAGGGGGGGGGGGGGCAUUAUUGUAUCACAGUAAAUUUGUAAGGAGCCCCUCCUCUAUUCUAUGGUAUGUAAAAUUGACUAGGGUACCUACCUACCUACCCCAGUUAUUCCCUAAUCGCCAAAUUGUAAUGAAUUGAAAACAGACUAGCAAAAUUCAUACUAGAAUCUUUCCAAGUAGGAGAAUUUUUUUUCAAAUGAGCUAUUUUUUUAAAAUUGUUUAUAAAUUCACUACAGCUCAUUGUUUAUCGAAUAAACCCUCUGAUCUUAGGAUAGCAUUAUUAUCCUCUAAUGCACCUUUCACUAUUACAAAUCUAUUUUACAUGAUGGUUCUAGGUUCGGGCUAGUGGGAAGGGUAGUUUAGGGACGAUGUUUAAUGUUAGAGCUGCACCGGGAUUUACAUAUUUUGGCGCUGCCUAAGAUUAGUAAGAGUAACUCCUAGGCUGCUCCAUAUAAUUUUUUGUCUUUUUUUUUUUUUUUCUCUUAGAUUCGUUUUAUCCUGAUACAGAAUCGUGCCGGUAAGACUCGCCUGGCUAAGUGGUACAUGCAAUUUGACGAUGAUGAGAAGCAGAAGCUGAUUGAAGAGGUCCAUGCGGUGGUUACGGUCAGGGAUGCCAAGCAUACCAACUUUGUGGAGGUACUAGAGCGUCACACCCCUGUUAACAUGACAAUUUACCUUGAUUACGCAGCAUCUGGACACUGCUUCACCAUAACUAUGUUUAAUGGAAUGUUAUACGUUUAAUAACACCUUUAUACCUAGACUUAUUAUAAAUAUCAUUAUACAAGAUGUAAUUUCAUAUUGUUAAAGAGACACUCUGAGCAUCAUAACCGCUUAUUGCAUAAGUCCUCCUGUCAUGGUUUUCAAGUUCACAAUUGCUUAUAAUAGCUGGCAGCCAUAAGCCUGUCUUUUUUUUUAGGUAUGACAGAGCAUCAAGCUUUUGUCAGAAUAGGGUAACCCCUACACACAGAAUUUAGGGAAACCGAAACCAAAAUGUAGUAAAAGACAGAGAGAGAUAUGUAUUCCGGACCUAACAUGAGCCCUCGAUAGGCAAAAAUUCGGAGUCAAAUAAAGCCAAGGUCAAGGACGCCAGAGAUGCUUAAAAUCCAAAUUAUCAAGCUGAGGUCAGGGAAUUACGAAAUCAGAAUAGUCAAUACGACGUCCGAUCAGAAACAGGAAAACAACCACCACUCAGUAUGCGCUUUCAGGCUAGAAUAAACUAUAACAGGGCAAUGAUCCUCAGAAAGAGGGGAGUAUAUAUAGAGACAACCAAAAUUCUACUGGACAGCAUCAUCACCCUGCACCAAUUCACACAAAGGGGUGUGACUUGUGAAGGGCAGAUGAUGUGUACCACAAUUUGUCUUUAUUUAUAUAUAUAUGUGUGUGUGUGUGUGUAUAUAUAUAAACCUACAGGGUCCUGUAAUUCCUAAGGUCUCCUGUUGGUGGCAUGAGGCUGCCACAGUGAUCUGGCGACCUCGCAAGAGUCAGGGCAUGCAGACCAUGUUUUGCACCCGAAGCAUUGGAACGCCGCGUGGCCUCCAUGUUGGAGGUGUACAGGCGCGUGGUGUAGAGUUCUCCCUGGCUGGAGUGGUGUGGGACUGGAGAAAUCGUGGCUCCCGUGCGUCUUACCCUGGAAGCUGCAUGUGUUGUGCAGCAGCCCGAGGUAUGACAACGUUCUCAUCUACCCUUACGAAUAUUUUAGUGUGCUCACAUUGCUUGAAUGGAUGCCAUUCAUGCCACUUGUUUCCCCCCUCAGACUCUGAGAGAUACCUCAUACCAUAGCUGAGCGCAUAUGUGUAUAGUCCCAAAAAGUGGAUUAUUUAAUAAAUAUUUAUAACCUGACAGCAGCUGCACAGUGGUUUCUACCAGCUCAUUUAGAAGUUCCACUCUUCACGUGUGAUUAAUGGACACAUUGCUGAGAUUAAACCACACACCUGGCAAAUUACUGCUCGGAAGUGGUUUAUGGGAUAAGAUCAGGUCACAUAAAUCAUCAUGGGAGACUGAGGAAUCCGGAUUGUGGAAUCAUUGCAUCGUUCCAAUUUUGUAUCAUAUUUGACUUCUCCCUUUGUUUCCGCCAUUAUCUCCCGUCCUCUCUGCCACCUUUUAUCAGGAUUAUAGUUGAUCCAGCGCAGAAUAGUAUCACACCUAGGACUAAGGAUAACGUCUAACCGGACCUUAGAAUGGCCGGACUUAACGUACCUGAGAAUAAUAAAAAUACUAGCCGAGGUCAGGGACACAGAAUGAGACACAACGAUGAGGAAAGCUGGAAGUCAAGGAUACCAGAAAUCAGGAAUUUAAAACCAAGUCAAAUACCAGAAAAACGCAAUCAGGAACACUCUGAUAACCAGCUAGUGGAAACCACGACAGGGCACUGAAAAAAGGUAAUUUGUGUUUAAAUAACCCUCCUGAGGCUGUAAUUGGCUGUCUCUGACCUCUGACCCCAAAACGUGCGUGUCUAUGACGUGACAUAGUACGCACAUUGGUGCCAUCUUUGAUGUGGGCGAAGGUAAGUUUCCUAUAAAAAUCCGAACUGCAGCGGCUGGCUUUUCUAGGAAAGUCGCACCAGUUAGGUACUGGAACGGAGGGAGACCGGGCAGUUGUACCCGCCGGGUAAGUCAGAAAUAUCUCUGUCAGUGUGGCUGCUUAUUUUUUGUGCUACCACGCCGACAGGGGAGCCGUGACACCGUUAUACCAAAAGUUUAACCUUAAUUAACCUCUGCACUUUUUUGUUUGCUAGUGUUUCUCAUGACCUUCUCAUAGAUUUUCUCUGUCUCUUAAUACUAUGCCAAGAGGAGAAGACAAUAGCAUUGAUAUUUUAGGACAAUGCUAAUCAAUGGUGCUACUGGUUUUGGUAGUACAAAAAAAGCUUCGGAUUUUAAUAUAAAUUAUAUCAGGGAGUUUAAAAUAAGCCCUUCAUGCCACCAUGAGUGUGAUAUCUUUCUGCCCUUACAUUAACUGCUCGUGUCCCACCACUGUUGAAACAUCUUCAAACCUCAUCCACUUAAUUGAUCUACAAGUAUGAGAUACUUUACCAAAGUAUCAAGAGUAGAACAUCUUCAGAUAGAGCCGUCAUGUUGCUCCUUCUGUGUGUGAUGUCUUUAUACCUUUGCAUUAUCCACUUGCUACUCAACAAGUGUUGGUUAUCUUUGAGCACUAUCCAUCAUAUCUGCCCACGAUUUGUUAUCAUUCCUAAUUGAGUUUAACAUGUUCCCACAUUCUGUCAUCUCUCCAUUAUUCUCUACAGUACCACCUGAAUCCUAUUCCCAUAUCUUCCCCAUGUCUCAUCAUCUUCCACAACAUGUGAAACUAUUUUUCCUCUUCCUCAGUUCAGGAAUUUUAAGAUCAUCUACCGACGAUAUGCCGGGCUGUACUUCUGUAUCUGUGUGGAUGUGACGGAUAAUAACCUGGCUUACCUAGAGGCUAUCCACAACUUUGUAGAGGUAAGAACAGGGUUUUAUUCUAGAACAGACGUAUUGGGGACUAAGGACAUAGAAAGAAGACGGGAGGUGGGGGGAUUGUAGACAGAACAAAUAUACCGUAGGUUACAGUAUACAGUCAGCAGUAAAUAGGAUACUGUACGCUAGGGAGCAAAUGGCAGGAGGAGAUAGGGGAAGAAACAUGGGAAGUGUUGGGGGACUGAAUGUUGGGGUGCUGUACGGAGAGUGAAUAUAAAGAUAAUGCAGCUUAGAUGGACAGAAAAAGAAACUCUUUUUUGAAAUUGUAUUUAUUCAUUUUUAUUCUUACCAUGCAUAUUUGUCUCUCCUUAGGUAUUAAAUGAAUAUUUCCACAAUGUAUGCGAGUUAGAUCUGGUGUUUAAUUUCUAUAAGGUAAGAAUAUUGCCCUUAACUACCUUCAUCCUGUCCAUUUGUCAGUUCCCUUUUGUCCUUAUAAACUCCUGAUUUCAUUUCCUCCCUCUUUCUCUGCCCAUAUUACCUGCGGUAUAUUACCUAAUUAUUCCUUUUUACUGCCCUAUCCAUACUCUCUCUUUUUCAGGUUUAUACAGUGGUAGACGAGAUGUUUCUAGCUGGUGAAAUUCGAGAAACCAGUCAGACAAAAGUCCUGAAACAACUGCUGAUGUUACAGUCCCUGGAAUAAGAUGGACUCUUGUCAAUGCUGUGCCCUGUGUACAUAGAUCUAUAUGGCAUCCAUUAUAUCACUACAUUCCUAUCCAGAAAGAGCAGUCUCUCUCUCUCUCUCUCUCUCUCUCUGCAAUUAUAACCCCUUGUAUCCAGAGCUGUCUUUAUUUUAUCCUCUCUACCAAACAUCGAGGUAUAAGUAUUCCGCCCGAUUCUGUAUCAGUCAUGUCCUUCCUAACCUGUCCGCCCAUGACUAUAUAAUGCCCCAUUCUGUCCCUCUCUCUAUCUGCUCCUCUCCCCUUCCUUGCCUCUCCCGCUCUGGGCCAAUCAUGUUCUACCAUCUUUUUUGUAUACCUUAGUUGUGAUACAAUAAAUCGUUAAUGUGUGAACUCGACAACAUGGUAAAAUCUUUUGGUUGCUGAAUUUUGGAGGAAUGAGAGAGUACUUGGG